AUGUUAAUAAAGGAGUAUCGUAUACCUAUACCUCUCACCUUGGAGGAAUACAGAAUAGCUCAACUUUAUAUGAUACAAAAAAAGAGUCGCGAGGAGAGUGAGGGAGAAGAUAGUGGAGUAGAAAUCCUUGAAAAUAAACCUUACACUGAAGGACUUGGCGGAGGACAGUAUACUUAUAAGGUCUAUCAUAUUGGUCGUCAUAUUCCUAGUUGUUUUCGCAGUGUAGUACCAAAAACAGCUCUUGAAGUUCAUGAAGAAUCUUGGAAUGCAUAUCCUUAUACCAAAACAAAGUUCUCAGUACCUUUUGUAGAGAAGUUCUUAUUGGAAGUUGAUACAGUAUUUCGAGCAGAUGCGGGGAACAAGGAGAAUAUAUUCAAUCUUAAGCCCUCUGAAUUGCGAGAAAAAGUUGUAGAUGUCAUUGAUAUUGUUAAUGAUAGUCUGUCGGGAUCUGAUUAUGAAGAAGAAGAAGAUCCUCUCUUUAUCAAAGUUUAAAAAACUGGACGAGGUCCAUUGACUAGAGACUGGAUUCAAAAUCCUCCUGAUGGUGUUAUAAUGUGUUCAUAUAAACUCAUCAAGGUUGGCUUUCGUUAUUGGGGACUACAAUCUCGUGUUGAGAGGUUUAUUCACGACUAUGGCCUGAGACGAGUAAUGCUCCGAGCACAUCGACAAGCAUGGGCGUGGCAAGAUGAAUGGGUGGGGCUAACAAUGGAUGAUAUUCGUAAACUGGAACUAGAGACUAAACUCAUAUUGCAGAGUAAACUAGGAAGACCAAUGGAAGAGGAGGAGAGGAUUGAUGGCGAUAUCCAAGGAGGAGAGGAUACAAUGAAUGAAGACUUGCCAAAGAAUGAUACUAGAGUUUCUGAGAGGGUUGGAUCAUACAGAUCUCGAAGACGUUUAUCCAGCAGACAGCAUACAUCCUCCAUACGAAGUACCAGCGGAGGAGGUACUACCUCUCCACCAUCAGAGCUGCAAAUACCUAAAGAAAAAAUUGACUCUGAUGAAGAAGGCUCUCUGUAUUCUUAUUAUGCUCUAGAGACCCAUCAGCUCCACCCAGCUACAUUGUCCAACACUAAACCUAAUCGUGGAAGGAGAUAUGCCUCAAUGGAAUGUUUAAUAGUGGGUCAAUAUAGUGAGGAGGAAGAAGAUGUCCGUCGUAAAGACACUCCCCCUCAAGGUUUGAGACCAUUCUGUGUUUGGUGGGGUGACCAGCGAAUUGACUAUCAGCUGCAGGCUCCAUCAGGAUUGGAACAUGGAGAGACCCUCCCUGUAUCUAAUACUGCCUAUGCCACAUAG